AUGGUAAAUAGAGGGGAUGGAAAAUACAGUGUCGGUAGAGAGGGUGAAAGAGACAGGUUGAAUAGAGAAAAUGGAAGAGACAGUGGAAGUAGACAGGGUGGAAGUAGAGAGGAUGCAAAAGCCAGGGUGAAUAGAGAGCAUGAAAAAGACAGUGGAACUAAAGAGGAUGGAAGAGGCAGGCCGAAUAGAGAGGAUGUAAAAGACAGGGUGAAUAUAGAGAGGAUGGAAAAUACAGUGGGGAUAGAGAGGAUUGAAGAGACAGGAGAAUUAAAUAGGACGGAAGAGAAAUGGGUAAAAGAAAGGCGGGAAAACAUGCAAGAUAAGAUGCACGGUAGAGGCUUAGUAGGUAAACAAUAA